AUGGGAUGGUGUACCUGGGGAAAGGUGAGCUGGGGGGCUGGGGGAGGGGAGUAUGGGAUGGUGUACCUGGGCAAAGACACGAGUGGUGAGAACAUCGCCGAGUCCCUGGUGGCCGAAGGACUCGCCUCCCGUCGGGAAGGGAUCCGGGCCAACAACCCCGAGCAGAGCCGGCUGGCAGAGCUGGAGGAGCAGGCCAAGAGCGCCAAGAAGGGGAUGUGGAGCGAGGGCACGGGGUCCCACACCGUGCGGGACCUCAAGUACACCAUCGAGAACCCCCGGCACUUCGUGGACUCCCUGCACCAGAAGCCAGUCAAUGCCAUCAUCGAGCACGUGCGGGACGGCAGCGUGGUGAGGGCCCUGCUGCUGCCAGACUACUACCUGGUCACCGUCAUGCUCUCGGGCAUCAAGUGCCCCACGUUCAAGCGCGAGGCCGACGCUCCCGAGGUCCCGGAGCCGUUUGCGGCCGAGGCCAAGUUCUUCACGGAGUCCCGGCUGCUGCAGAGGGAUGUGCAGAUUGUCCUGGAGAGCUGCCACAACCAGAACAUCCUGGGCACCAUCCUGCACCCGAACGGGAACAUCACGGAGCUGCUGCUGAAGGAGGGCUUUGCCCGCUGCGUGGACUGGUCCAUCGCCGUGUACACCCGCGGGGCCGACAAGCUGCGCGCGGCCGAGAGGUUCGCCAAAGAGCGCAAACUGAGGAUCUGGAGGGACUACGUGGCCCCCACGGCAAACCUGGAUCAGAAGGACAAGCAGUUUGUGGCCAAGGUGAUGCAGGUGCUGAACGCCGACGCCAUCGUGGUGAAGCUCAACUCUGGGGACCACAAAACCAUCCACCUGUCCAGCAUCCGACCCCCACGGCUGGAGGGGGACAGCGCGCAGGACAAGAACCGGAAGCUGAGGCCCCUCUAUGACAUUCCCUACAUGUUCGAGGCCCGGGAAUUCCUGCGCAAGAAGCUCAUCGGGAAGAAGGCACGGCCGGCACCGACAGCGGCUGCACUGGGGGAGCGGGGCCCGGGGGGGUUCAGGGGUGCAGGGGGGACCCACCCCGGUCCCGACCACCCCCUCCUGCCCUCCCGGCCCCUCCGUGGCCACAUCGCCCUCAGCACCCAGGAAUUCUUUGCUUUAUGUCCCCCCGUGCUGGAGCUGUGGGACUGUGGGGUGACGGUGACAGUGACGGUGACAGUGACGGUGACAAUGAAGGUGACAGUGACGGUGACAAUGAAGGUGACAGUGACGGUGACAGUGGCACAUCUGGCGUUGGAUGGACCCGGCUCUGUGGUUGGGUGGUCCUGGGAGUUGUCUCUGCACCCCCAGCUCCUCUUGCAGCUUUCCAGCCGCUUCCCCAAGCCUGGAGUGUUCCAUGGGGUUGGUGUGACUCAAGGCAACAUCGCCGAGGCGCUGGUGAGCAAAGGCCUGGCCACGGUGCUGCGGUACCGGCAGGACGACGACCAGCGCUCGGCCCACUACGACGAGCUGCUGGCGGCCGAGGCGCGGGCUAUCAAGAACGGGAAGGGGCUGCACAGCAAGAAGGAGGUGCCGAUUCACCGGGUGGCCGACAUCUCCGGGGACACGCAGAAGGCGAAGCAGUUCCUGCCGUUCCUGCAGCGCGCCGGCCGCUCCGAGGCCGUGGUGGAGUACGUGUUCAGCGGCUCCCGCCUGAAGCUCUUCCUGCCCAAGGAGACCUGUCUCAUCACAUUCCUGCUCGCAGGCAUCGAGUGCCCGCGGGGUGCCCGGAACCUGCCGGGGCUGGCACAGGAGGGGGAGCCCUUCAGCGAGGAGGCCACGCUGUUCACCAAGGAGCUCGUGCUGCAGCGGGAGGUGGAGGUGGAGGUGGAGAGCAUGGACAAGGCCGGGAAUUUCAUCGGGUGGCUGCACAUCGAGGGUGUGAACCUGUCGGUGGCGCUGGUGGAGCAGGCGCUGUCCCGCGUGCACUUCACGGCCGAGCGCAGCCCCUACUGCAAGGCCCUGCUGGCGGCUCAGGACGCGGCCAAGCAGAGGAAGGAGAAGGUGUGGUCCCACUACGAGGAGACCCCGGUGGAGGAGGUGGUGCCGGUGCUGGAGGAGAAGGAGCGCACGGCCAACUACAAACCCGUGUUCGUCACCGAGAUCACCGACGACCUCCACUUCUAUGUGCAGGACGUGGAGACGGGUGCCCAGCUGGAGAAGCUGAUGGAGAACAUGCGGGCCGAGGUGGGCGCCCACCCGCCCGUGGAGGGGUCGUACUCCCCGCGCCGAGGGGACUUCUGCAUCGCCAAGUUCGUCGAUGGGGAAUGGUACCGGGCCCGGGUGGAGAAGGUGGAGUCGGGCGGCAAAGUUCACAUCUUCUACAUUGACUACGGCAACGUGAGUAUCACGGAGUACCUGAACGCGCAGGAGGCGGCCAAGAGUGCCCGG